GGCAACUGUCAUGUCAAUGUCGUGUUGUGCUUGGGACAGAAAAAAUUAAAAAGUAACCGUUGAUGAAGUGUUUCGUGAUUGUUUUCUAUGUUUUUGUACAAUUAAUUACGUUUUAAUUUAUUUUUAAUUUAUAAAAUGGCUUCGUUCGAUUUAAAUUCGAUAAACACAGCUUUAAGUGAUACAAACAGAACUGUGAGUGGUGUAGAUUUUUCUGGAAAAUCUCUCAAACUUGACACAGAUAAAGAUGCCCAACCGAUCAUCGAGGCAAUCAACGCAUGCCCAGACCUCCAGUACCUGACGUUAACGGGCAACACGCUCGGUGUUGCCGCAGCACAGGCCAUAGCUAAAGCUCUGGAACACCAUCCCGAGCUGAAGGUGGCCCGCUUCUCUGAUAUGUUCACCGGGAGAAUGAAGACUGAGAUUCCGCCUGCUUUGAGUGCCCUCGGUGAUGGCAUGAUAGCGGCGGGCGCACGGCUGUCGCUGCUCGACCUGAGCGACAAUGCAUUCGGUCCUAUCGGCGUCGAGGGGCUCGCAAAGUUGCUGCAAAGCGACGUCUGCAGUCAGCUUCAGGAGCUCCGCUUAAACAACAACGGCCUAGGUAUCAGCGGAGGCAGACUACUGGCCCAAGCGUUGGCCAGCAGUCCUCGCCAGUUAAAAGUGUUCAUUGCAGGCAGGAACCGAUUGGAGAACGAUGGUGCCACAGCCCUGGCCAAGGUGUUCCAGGAAAUGGGCACAUUGGAAGAGUUAUCCAUGCCACAAAAUGGCAUCUAUCAUAAAGGUAUAUCAGCACUGUCGGACGCCUUCAAGCAGAACCCGGGACUGCGCUCGCUCAACCUCAACGACAAUACCAUUGGGGCCAAGGGCGCGGCGGCCGUCGCUGACGCUUUACCUAGACUGAAGAAUCUAAAAUCAAUCAACUUCGGAGACUGUCUUCUGAAGAGUAAAGGUGCUAAAGCGUUAGCAAAAGCUUUUAAGGACAACGCCGUGUGUUUAGAGUCACUAGACUUGAGCCACAACGAGAUCGGCAGAGACGCGGUCAUGGAGCUGGUGGCGGCGGCGCGCGCCGGCGCUCGGCUCGUGUUGGCGGGCAACAGUUUAGGCGGUACAGCCAACAAACAAAUUAUGAGAGAAAAACUGGGCGAGUCUGCUGUCCUGAGCGACGGCGAAGGAAGCGACGGGGACGAAUACGUGACGGAUUCCGAAGAAGAAGAUGAAGAAAGCGAGGAAGAAUCGGAAGACAGCGCGACAGAGGACGCACAGCACAUUGACACGAGCGCUGACUUCGUACAAGACCUCACCUUGGACACAUCAAACGCGGAGCGUAGCGUGGAGCUGUUCCUGCAGCAGCCGACGCGGGCGCGGCUGCGCGCGCUGGGGCCCGCGGCCGCCGCUGUCAUCGACGCGCACUUGCAGUCGAUAAAAGACCCAACGGAUCUGAUUCAAGCAUAUGUUGACGCCACAUUUUGCGUGUCCGGUUUAUAUGACGACGACAACACAGCGGCAGAAAUAACUCACAAGCUGUACCCGCUAAUGCUGAGCCGCGUGGGACAGCAGCACGCGGCGGGCUGGCUGCUGGCCGACACCAUGCUGCGCGGGCUCGGCCUCAUCAAGUCGGAGAACAAGGAGCACCGGCCGCGCUGGGCGGCGACGGGCUGCUACCGCGCGCUGGCGGCCGUCAUCGAGCGCCGCUACUUCCCGCCCGCGCUGCGCGACACGCUGCGCUUCUUCAUCUCCGCCAAGUUGGCUACGAUGCCCGAGGACAUCAAACUUGCUAUACUGAGCCAGAACACUUUGCACCGUAAUACAUAGCACGAUUCUGUCUAA